UGGACAAGUAUUUCCUAUCAGUCCAAUGUUUGCAGCCGAAAUAGAUGGAUGGUUGGCCGAGAUCGGGUUCAUCAAAGCCCAGUUUUACCAUUGAGCACGAAAAGCCGUAUCAUAUUGACACAAUUGAUUAGCGGUUGUUAUUAAUAACAUACGCGUCGAUGCUCUGAUAGGAGGUUGUUUCUACGGUGGAUUAAAGUGUGCACUUGAGUUCGGUUUGUUCCAUGUCGAGAGUAUCUGGUCUGGAUUAGCAGCUCUUGUAGUGAAGUGAUUGGAAAAUCGGACUUGAAAAUGCCUAAAUUCAGUGGACCCAAUUGGUUCUCCAAGCCGCAGUCGCGGAAAAAAUCCAAAGUCCCGUCAUCGAAGGGAACGGUGGUGAGUUUCGCGGACGGAACAGCAGCACCAGGACCAGAAACACCACCGCAGAAAUCUCCUCGCAAACAUCGUCGGAAUCAUUCUGGUCAGCAACUGUCGAGCCAGGUCUCGUGGUCUAGUGAAGUUACUAGCCCCGGCAGUGAAGGAUCCGGAGGAAGAGAAGGAGGAGGGAGCUACUUCUCCAGACAGAGUGGUAUCCGACAGAGUGUAACCAGCAAUCAGAGUAGUUUUUCGACAGCCAGCAGCAGCAGGAGGCCGCCGCCAGUGAGACGACCGACCAGGAUGGCCGAAACCGAGAAGGAGGAAGCUAUUAACUUGCAAGUGGAGUUCGAGUGGGUGCUACACGAGGAGGUACACUCGGUGCUGAAAGAGUUGCAUGUUAUUCUGGUGGAAUGUGCCCAUCGGUUUCCGGUUCCCUUGUACGGGAACGAAGGCAAGAAACAGGACAAGUUUGUGCUGACGGCGGCUCCGGAGCAGUUGAAGUGUAUCGUUACGCUAACCGGCGAUAGCAUCACACAUGCGGACAUCAACUUCAAGGUCCAACGGCAGCAGCAGCAAACGCAGCGGACCUCCAUCACCCAGGACUACCCGUGGAAGAUUCAGCAGGUCCAGGACGCCGCCAACCACCUACAGCAAGCAAUAAACCACAUCGACAAUGUGGAUAGUUCAUACAAUUUCAAAACCUCCGACGAGGUGUUGCACGUCCUGGGAAACAUAUUGGGUGCCUUGCAGCGAGGCAGGACCUCGCUGGUGGUACCCCGCAAGAAGCCCAUCGAUGAGCUCAUGAAGAGCCGAAAUAUGAAAGCGCUGUCGCCUAAUCUGCCGGAGGAUUUGGCGAUCAGUUUCUACAUCCAGAGCCACAAGCUGAUCUUUGUGGCCUACCAGCUGACGAACUUCCAGGGCACGAUGAAGUUCGAUUCCUGCCAGGCCGAGUGUUCGGUACCGUGGUUAAACGAGGUGCUGGUGCUGUUUACCGUGGCACUGCAGCUGUGUCAGCAGCUUAAGGAUAAGAUUUCAGUAUUCUCGCAGUAUAAGGACUUCACCGUUGGUUCUCGUUCGGCAUCCGCAAUGUCCUACUGACUGGACCAAUCGCCGGCGGCGGAUCCUCUGGUACCGUGCCGGGCUUAGGUGGGGUGAUUGCGGGUUAAGAUCUUAGAAUUCCCUCUCUUUCAACAGUGUUAAGUUAUACAGCAAAGCAACUAGUGUGCAGCAGUGCACUCCUCAGUUUUCAGGACAAAAGUGAAUACAUGAAAAGGUGGAACCCUUGAUCCUAGUAGCUAUUAAGUACCGCGCAAAGUCCAAACAUAUACAGACGGAUAGUACGAUGUUCAAACGAGUCUUGUGCUCGUAACGAAGAAAUUUGGCCGUCGUCGGUCGUUGUUGAUAAUAUUGAUGUUUGUUGAUAACUUAGGGUACUCGUGUUGUUAUCGGCAAGCGCCGGUGGCGAUUGUGUCUACGGGAAAGGGAGACAGGCAGUGAUUCAUCGAAGGAGCUUCUUAUGAAGUUCCCAUAAAUACCAACUGAUUGUAGUGCUUUAUCAACGGAAUGAGGCAGCCAGACUGCAGCCGAUAUCAACACAUUUAGAUAAGCGCAAGUGAAACAAAUGAAAAUUUAAUGUUUAGGAGUACUUAACGAGUCGUAAGUAAACAGAAAUAAUGAAAUCGUAUAGUGGCAAAUAUUUACUCAACCUUGUGUGCGAGUGCGUAGGAGAAUGCCUUCCCCCGGUCAGCAGCUGGUCCAAGGUGCUGGAUGUGAAGGGGGUGUGUGCAAUCAGUUGCGAUCGAUCGCUGAUUGUGAUGAGCAUUGUGUAAAUAAGAGGGUAGGGUGAAUAGUGAGUUGGCGGUAGGAAUCUCGAAAUUGAUGUUUUUAUUCCAAGACCGGCUGCUGAACGGGUGAAUGGACGGUGAACUGAAAUGUGUAUCAUAGGCAUCCUUAAAUGAACUGUAAACUGUUCGAACGUAGAAGCGUUACCCUUACAAAAUUCGAAGAUGAACUUUAGCACUUAGAGGUUUUAAACUGUUCUGAUACAUCAGCAUGAUUUUAAUAUUUUUUUUUUGAAAUAUAUUUAUUUGAAUUAUUCA